GUCACCACCCUGCCCCUGCCUGGGAUUUUCAUGUUUACAUUGUUGGAGCUGGACGGCGAAUUUGCGCAUGCGCGUUGUAUGAUGACAGUUCCAUAGCAACCGCUGAGGAUAACAUGGCAAAAUCAACUACUAUUAAAGAGGCUUUGGCGAAGUGGGAAGAGAAGUCAGGAGAAAAAGCAGGUGAUGCCAAAGAAGUGAAGCUCUAUGGCCAAGUCCCUCCGAUUGAAAAGAUGGAUGCAUCUCUCUCCACCCUUACUAACUGCGAGAAACUGUCAUUGUCAACCAACUGUAUUGAAAAAAUUGCCAACCUAAAUGGAUUAAAGAACCUCAAGAUAUUAUCCUUGGGUCGUAACAACAUCAAGAACCUUAACGGACUAGAGGCCAUAGCAGACAGCUUGGAGGAACUGUGGAUCUCCUUCAAUCUCAUAGACAAACUGAAGGGAAUCCAUGUGAUGAAGAAGCUCCGUGUCCUGUACAUGUCCAACAACUUGGUCAAAGAGUGGGGGGAGUUUGCGAAACUGGCAGAGCUUUCAACACUGGUAGACCUGGUCUUUGUGGGGAAUCCUUUAGAAGAGAAGUACUCUGCAGAGGGCACCUGGAUAGAUGAGGCCACCAAGAGGGUCCCCAGUCUGAAGAAGCUUGAUGGAAUUCCUGUGAUUAAGCAAGAAGAAGAGGAGAAAGAGGCAGAAAGUUAAUAUCUUUACUAUGGUACAGUUUUAAUGUUAUGAAGAGAUUUUGUAGUAUUUGCAGAUUUCAUAUGUUGACUUUGUUAAUUUAUAAAGUUCUAACAGCUAAUAAAAGUAUUAAUAAAAUAAGUAGUAAGAAUAGUCUUACAGAUAAGCUGAUGCACUAUAUAAAUUUUCCAAAAAAAAAAACAAAACAAACCACAACUUUGUGGCAUUAUGUAGCUAUCUGAUUGUUAUCAAUGUGACUGUAACAUAAAGAUGUCAUAUUUAUGUUGUAUUGUACAUUAUGGGGUGUGGAGAGUCACACUAGAAUAGGCACAAAUGUCAAUGUUUUUUAACAAGUGAAGAAGAAAUCUAAUAGACUAUUGUAAGUAGAUGCAUUUUAAAAUAAUGUCAAAUCUGUCGAAUCUCUUUUUGUUUUCACAAAUUAUUCUGAAGGAUUUUGUAAUGUGAUUUUUACUUGCUUUUAAGACUUUAUUAGACAUGUUUCUAUGAUAUACAUUUAUGUGGGAUUUAUCAAUAUAUUUAAAACAUCUGUUGCAAUAAAAACCAAAACAA